UUGCGCAAAUAGCAUUUACGAGUAGUAGCAGUUUGCUGUAGGACGAGUGCAAACGUGAUCUCAAUAACGUUCGGUCGUGUUCGAUAUAAAAGCAGAAAAAAUAUAAAAAGUUAUUUUUUGGCUUGUAAAAUUUAAAGCUUGCGGCUCACACCUCGAUUUUAGUCAAUUGUUUCCGUUCCCCCUAUACCCUUUUGACCACCCUGUGUUUUUAUAAAUUUCCUUGAAUUCCAGGAGUGUUCUUGCUAGUGUUUUAUUUGGUUCAUUCGUGGAACGGCUUUGCGGAAUUUGCUUUUUGUUGUUCAUUCGUCGGGCAUGCAGACCAGAGAACGCAGAGAACGUUAAUUCUGCGAAGUGUAAAUGACAGUUCUAUUUCUGGCAAAGUUUUUCAUACGAGAACAAAGAAUUACUUUAAACGUGGAAAAGUACAAGUUACAAAAUAACAAAUCGCUAACAAAAGUCUAUGAUUGAGAAGAAUGUUGGAAUAGCUGCAGAUUAAAGACGGCAGAAACAAAGAAUAAGGGCAGAAAAUAAAUUGUCUUCCUGUUUUGCGUUGCCUGGGGGUUUUGUUGUUUUUCUCCGUGGUUCUCUGCAAGCGCCAACGUCUACGUCAGCGGGAAACUGCAAAAGUUUUUCACUAUUGCUUGAAAAUAAAAAGAAAAAUCGUGAAAAAAUUGUGCAAUUGUGACAAAAACAAUUUGAAACGCUUUCAAUUAGCCCUAGAAUAAUUAGUUACGAAAGGCGAUAAAACAUAAAGUACCAAAAGAAACGAUAUAAAUACGAACAAGUAGAAGAUAAAUAGAAGUUUCUGAUCGGGGUUGUGCUUUCAAGAAAUUUCGAAAGCCGUGCAAAACAAUUGUUGAAUUUGAUUUGUUUGACUAAAGGGGUUUUAUGUCUGAGUUCUACGUUGGCUAUGGAUUGUAAAUUUAUUGUUUAUAAUGCGGCUCGAGACAACAACUUAGCGCAAUUGAAGCAUACUCUCGCCAACAGAUCAGAGUCGGAAGUGAUGAUGCUUAUAUCUGCGAAAGUAAAUGGUGCCACACCGUUGGUGAUUGCCUGCCGAAAUGGCCAUUACAAUAUAGUAGAGUAUUUGCUAAAGCGGCAUGCCAACGUUGAGCAAGUAGGAUCAGUGAGUUUCGAUGGAGAACCAAUUGAAGACGCGCCACCGCUAUGGUGUGCCGCAGCUGCGGGUCAUUAUGGUAUCGUGAAACUGCUGGUACAUCAUGGGGCUAAUGUAAAUAGCACGACACGCACAAAAUCAACGCCACUGCGAGCAGCUUGUUUCGAUGGGCACUUCGACAUCGUCAAGUUUCUUGUGAACAACGGUGCAGAUUUUGAAGUGGCCAACCGACACGGCCAUACAUGUCUAAUGAUAGCUUGCUACAAGGGCCACUAUAAGAUCGCGCAGUAUCUACUAUCACUGAAUGCCGAUGUGAAUCGGUGCAGUAUAAAGGGGAAUACGGCCUUGCAUGACUGCGCGGAAUCUGGUUCGCUGGAGAUUUUGCAACUGUUGCUGAAGCAUGGUGCAACAAUGGAUGUCGAUUAUUAUGGUAUGACACCUCUGUUGGCUGCCAGCGUGACUGGGCAUUUGCCAAUUGUGGAACACCUUAUUACUUUGCCCUGUGUCAGUCGAAAAAGUAGAAUCGAUGCCUUGGAACUUUUAGGUGCAACAUAUGUGGAUAAAAAACGUGAUAUGAUCAGUGCUUUGUCACUGUGGCGGCGCGCAAUGGAAGACCGAAAUCAGGAACCAAAAAUUCCAAAAGUUAUCGGUGAACCCACUGCUGCUUACGAAUAUGUAUCGGAAGUGGCAACAAUAGAAGCGCUGGAAGAGUUGGUUUUGGAUCCCGAUGAAAUGCGAAUGCAAGCUUUGGUUAUACGACAAAGGAUCUUGGGGCCAACUCAUCCUGACACCAGCUAUUACAUACGAUUCAGAGGUGCGCAUUAUGCGGAUGCCGGACGUUUUGAUCGUUGCAUUGAAUUAUGGACUUAUGCGCUAACGAUGCAGCAGAAAAUUCUUCAACCUCUUAGUCCAAUGACUCAAUCGUCUUUGCUAUCAUUUGCUGAGCUGUUUAGUUUUAUGUUAGUCGAAGCUGGGCGUUUGUUACCCCGCGGCCGCAUUGUACCACCAAUCGAAGCUGCAGAUAUGUUGAUGAUAUUUAAUAAGGCUGUUUUAGAAGUCGAACGAGACUUAGCACUUUCAGGCCUUGAAUGGAGCCUAGAACACGAAAAAAAUCCCGUUGCACCACCAACUAUGCAUGAUUGCAAUCACGAUCCGAAUGCUUUAAGCCGCGCCUUAGUAAGCGCUUUACAUAUUGGCUGUUUAUUGGCAUCACUUGAGGAAGACGAAAACUUCUGCCCAAAUAUGCGCAAACAAAUUUUAUAUUCUUUAUAUAAGUUGAAUCGGCUUAAAGUGUCCGUUAGAUCAGGGCGAACUGCCUUGCACUACGCCUGUUAUCGAGAAGGCACCCUUGUUGGUCGCUAUCCUGCUUGCCAGUUUCCUUCACCAGCACUAGCGAAAGCUCUACUCGAAGUCGGAGCCAACCCGAAUGCUAGAGAUGACGCUGGAAACACGCCAUUACAUUUGGCUGCAACAGCGCAACCAUGUCCACGAGCAUUAACGAAAGUGCUUUUAAAAUAUGGGGUACAUCUGGAUGCUAAAAACGAUGCUGGUGAAACCUUCGAGUCACUGUUGAAUCCUACGAAAAUACAUGAAAUUGUAAAUCCACUGAAAUUCACUACUCUGGCAUGUUUAGCUGCGCGAACAAUACAAAAACAUCGAAUUAAGUAUGUUAAUAUCGUCCCUUCAUCGCUGUACACAUUUAUUGAAAUUCACUAAAUGCUGAGUGAGAGCUGUAAAAUAUGCCAGAAUGCUCAUAACGUGUUCAACUGUUCAGCGCAGGGCAGAGCAGAGUAAAUGAUCGCAGUUGUGAAUACUUUUGUGAUCGACGCGUGUUUUAAUAUUCUAUUGAAUUUUAUUUUUACGUGUAUAUUACUUAUCAAAACCAGUUCGCGGAGAUAUUGAAGUUAUUAAUGUUAAUAUUGAUGCCCUUUCUUCCUGUUUGGCAUUUGCACUGAUAUAUGUAAUGUAAAACAAUAGCCUGCAACUCAUCCAAUGUCAAGCUUUAGUAAACCAGAAAUGAAUGAAAUUUAAAAUAUUGUACUGAUAUUCUAUGACAAACAGAACAAAUUCUGUGCAUUGACCAGAUUUUUCGUUUUACCUAGAGGCGUUUGAGUAAAACAGUGAUGCAAAAAGUAAGACAUUCAGCUUUAGUGAAUGAAAUAAAGAUGUUUGAGGAUAAAAGCAAGCAUAUAUACCAUACAUAGGCAGAUAGUAAAUAAAAGAAAAGGAAACGACUAAGCAAAUCAGUGUAACAAAAUAAAAUGCAUAAUCAGUAAUACAAUUCUUGAUAUACAUGUAUAGCAGCUUAGUUCAUUCGUAUAUAUUUUCAAUGCACUCAUAAAUACCAAACAGCUGCAAAAUAAUUAAUUUUAUAUUAAUCGCUCAGAGUGUAUGUACAUCAAAUCAAAAAUUUCAGUGAAUGUAGAACUCUACAAUUACAUACAUAUAUCCUAUAGAUUAUCGAUCUUAAAAAAUAUACUUUUGUUUAACGACUAAUAAGAGGCGGGUUCUUUGUCGACUGUCUUUGCUGGCAACAUAGACGAAAAUGAAUUGAAAAUCAUUUGCAAUUCUUAUUAGUUAUAAAUGUUGGAGACUCAAAGUGUGAAUAGCUUGGCCCAUAAAUGUCAUGCUAACAAAAAUAAAUCAGAAUUAAGCAAUGCGAUAAAUAAAUAUGUAGCAUAAAAUAUAAGUAAGUUUGUAAAAAAGUCGACUUUGGCUCCUUUUUUAGUAUAAAGGGAGAGCAGGCUUUUGUAAGACGCGUGGAGAAAUACUUAAAAGUUGAUAUAAAUACCUUAAAUACAAAUAUUAAGUAGAGUAAUUUAAUACAAACACAAACAUUUUAAAAUCAUGAA